AUGGGCCUGAGCCGGAUCCCGGCAGCCGGCGGGAAGCUCCGCCUCCCUAGGUCGCCCCGGUCCCGCCCCAAACCCGCCUCGAGAGCCGCCAGCUCGGGGUCAAAGGACGACCGACACCCUGCUCCCGGACGUUCUGCUGCACAGCAGGGGGGCCCCUCCCCGCGAGCAUUUUUUCCCCUUGAAUUAGAAGAAGAAUCGGUGGGAUCCCAAGCGUUGGUCCAGCUCCUGCCCAAGGAGCCCUGGCAGAGCACUAUAGAAAAGGGCCGAAGUGUCCAGCAGGGGGAGAAGCCUGUAGUUAACUUGGAGACCACACCCAGGCAGAGAGCGGAGAUGGACUCAACACCCAAGCCUGAGUGUGAAGGCAAGUUAACAACGCGAGCCGCUGAGGGCAAAUCAAGACCCAGCCCUGGAGACCUGAUUGAGAUUUUUCGCCUUGGCUAUGAGCACUGGGCCAUCUACGUGGAAGAUGACUGUGUGGUCCACCUGGCUCCUCCGAGUGAGGAACUUGAGGUUGGCAGCAUCAAUUCCAUCUUUAGCAACCGGGCUGUUGUAAAAUACAGUCGCCUGGAGGAUGUGUUGCAUGGCUGCUCCUGGAAGGUCAACAACAAUCUCGAUGGGACGUACCUGCCCCUGCCCGUGGACAAGAUCAUCCAGCGUACAAAAAAUAUGGUCAACAAGAUAGUGCAAUACAGCCUGAUCAAAGGGAACUGUGAGCACCUUGUCAACAACCUCAGAUACGGUGUGGCCAGGAGCCAGCAGGUAGAGCACGCCCUGAGGGAAGGAGCAAAGGCUGCAGGAGCCGUUAUUUCAGCUGUAGUUGAUAGCAUAAAACCCAAACCAGUGACUGCCAGAAGGUGUUGAAGACUCCAAGUAGAGGAAGAGCCACUGACACCAGCAAAGAGAACAUGCUUUCUUUCUCCCCGACUUUCUCUUUCAA